AUGGAGGAGAUUCUAUGGCUGCGUAUCUUCAAGACCAUCGUGGGUAUUGUCGGCAUCUUGGGCAACAGUCUCGUCUGUCUUGUUAUCGGUAAAGUCUCAUCGAUGCAGACUCGCACCAACGCCUUCAUCUUCCACCAAGCUGUGGUGGAUCUUCUUGGUUCAUUAAUGAUUCUUCUGCAGAGCGAGGCCCCGCUACCCGACCCCAUGCCCAACAACGUCUUUGGGUGGGUAGUGUGUCACGUCUGGUACUCUAACUUUGCAUCCUUCCUCAUGUUUGUCAUAUCAACGUACAAUCUGUUGUCGUUGACUAUGGAGCGCUACUUCGCCAUCGUUCACCCAUUUAAGUACCAAGCAGCCUUCGCCAACCACCCAAGACUGAAAGUUGGUGUGGUCAUUGCGGCAUGUUGGAUCUUUGUAACCGUUACUAACUCUUUCGCCCUUACCAUCUUCAAGGUGCAAGACGGUAAGUGCGUGUCGAAUGCCGUGUACUGGUCCAAAGUCAUGGGUUGUUUGUCAGUCGUUCUGCUGUAUAUCGUGCCAGUGUCAGUGAUGCUGUUUGCGUAUAUUCGCAUCAGUGUGGAGCUCAAGAGAGGAGCGGCCCGGGUUGGACCGGCACCGGCCAACGUAGUUCCAGCUGCCGGAGCAUCUACCACGGAUGGCAACGCCCAACCAGAAGGUAUGAUGGAGUCCCUACUCCGAGCUAGACGUAAUACCUUCAAGAUGCUCUUGGUCGUCUUCAUCACCUUCCUGGUGUGCUGGACACCAAACCAGUCCAUCUAUCUCUUGUUCAAUCUGGGCUGGAAGCUCAACUUCGACGAGUGGUACUAUCUGCUCUCUGUAGCGAUGGUGGCCGCUAAUUGCUGCGUCAAUCCGGUCAUCUACGCCUUCAAGUAUCGCCAAUUCCGCAAGGGGCUGCGCGAGGUAUUUUGCAGACGUCUCAUGCACCUUGAGGAAGCGUCGACUUCUGGAACUCGUACGCAAACAACGUGA